AUGGCGUCUCAACGGCUGGCGCUGAACUUUCAGCGUUCCCUUCGAAGCCGACAAGCGAUUAACGCCAUUAAAUCUCCUUUGCUCAGAGGCUAUGCCAACCCUGUCACGGCUUCGAGAACAGAGAGCACCACCCUCUCCAAUGGUUUGACGAUCGCGACGGAACAUUCACCAUGGGCUCAGACCUCUACCGUGGGUGUUUGGAUUGAUGCCGGCAGCCGAGCAGAAACAGAAAAGACGAAUGGAACAGCUCACUUCCUCGAACAUUUGGCUUUCAAAGGAACCGGCAAGCGCAGUCAACACCAACUAGAGCUUGAAAUUGAGAAUAUGGGUGGACAUCUCAACGCAUACACCUCGCGUGAAAACACUGUCUACUACGCCAAGUCCUUCAACUCCGAUGUGCCAAAGACCGUCGACAUCCUCUCCGAUAUUCUCCAGAACUCCAAACUCGAUCCCGCCGCAGUCGAACGAGAACGAGAUGUGAUUUUGCGCGAGCAAGAGGAGGUUGACAAGCAACUGGAAGAGGUGGUGUUCGACCAUCUCCAUGCUACUGCCUAUAUGAACCAGCCUCUCGGACGGACUAUUCUUGGCCCGAAGGAGAACAUUGAACAAAUCUCGCGCGAUGACCUGGUUAACUACAUCAAGACCAACUACACCGCAGACCGCAUGGUCCUUGUUGGUGCUGGUGGAAUCCCUCACGAGGAACUCGUCAAAUUAGCUGAGCAGCACUUUUCCGGAUUGAGAUCUGCACCUCCCCCGACUUCGUAUGCGGCCCAGGUCGCUGAACAACAAAAGCUGAAGCCCAACUUUAUCGGUUCCGAGGUCAGAAUACGAGAUGACACCAUUCCAUCCGCACACAUUGCUAUUGCCGUUGAGGGUGUCAGCUGGCGAGACGACGACUACUUUACUGCUCUGGUCACCCAGGCUAUCGUUGGCAACUGGGAUCGUGCUAUGGGCAACUCGCCAUAUCUUGGGAGCAAGCUCAGCAGUUUCGUUCAUGCCAACCACCUUGCCAACAGCUUCAUGAGCUUUUCUACAAGCUACAGCGACACUGGUCUAUGGGGUAUCUACCUUGUCACCGAGAACUUGACCAACAUUGACGACCUCGUGCACUUCACACUCCGCGAAUGGACCAGACUAACAUUCGGCGUCACCGAAGCCGAAACCGAGCGGGCCAAGGCUCAACUGAAAGCAUCCAUCCUCCUCUCUCUCGAUGGUACCACUGCCGUGGCCGAGGAUAUUGGCCGACAGAUUGUCACGACGGGCCGAAGAAUGGAUCCCUCCGAGAUUGAGAGAACGAUUAGUGCCAUUACCGAGAAAGAUGUGAUGCGGUUUGCUCAGAAGAAGUUGUGGGAUCAGGAUGUUGCAGUGUCUGCGGUCGGUUCGAUCGAAGGUCUCCUCGAUUACAACAGAAUAAGGAACGACAUGAGCCGCAAUGCGGUAUAG